AUGGCAUCCAAUUACCCAAUUCUGCCGGAGAAGCUCCUCCUCAUCUCCCUAAAGAUGUACUUCACCCCAGAGCGCACCCUCACCUACCUCCGCGAACUCCUCAAACCAUCCAACGAAAUCGUCCACCCAGCAAACCGCGAUAAACUCCUCCUAGCUCUAAUCCCAGACUUCCUAACCAUCUGGCCCUGCGCCCAAAUCCUUAAAGAGUACGAAGCCAACCUCACCACCGGACCUCCCCAAUCUACACCACCCUUCCUCCUGGGCGCACAGGACUGCUUCUGGGAAUCCCAAGGCGCAUACACAGGCGAAGUCUCACCCGCCUCAAUUCGCGCCCUGGGCUGCACAAUCGUCGAACUAGGCCACGCCGAGCGCCGCUCCAUCUUCAACGAGUCAGACGACCAAACAGCCCGCAAGGCCGCCGCAACCUGUGCUCAGCACAUGGUCCCACUCGUUUGUGUCGGCGAGGUCACCGCCCCGGGCCCCGUCGCAUCCCAAGCAGUCGGCCAGGCUGUGACCGAGUGUGCGGUGCUGGUGCGUGCAGUGCUGGCUGCUAUCCCGGCCGACGCGCCCGUCAUUUUUGCCUACGAGCCUGUCUGGGCGAUUGGACAGCCCAAGCCGGCGGGUGUUGAUCACGUUGCGGCUGUUGUGCAGGGGAUCCGGACUGUUAUUGGUGCCCGGCCGGGUACCGCUCGUGUUUUGUAUGGGGGUAGUGCGGGGCCUGGACUUUGGGGGAAGGGUGGUCUUGGUCAAGCUGUUGAUGGGAUGUUUUUGGGCAGGUUCGCGCAUCAAAUUGAUGGCGUCCGUGAGGUUGUCCGUGAGGUGGAGGCGACGCUGGUCGCGUGA